GCACAAGCCACAUUCUCGGUGCGCAAAACCUCACCGCGACACCGUUAGAACGCUCCGUUAGCUGGGGCAGAUCAUAUGCAACCACCCCACCGAGGUUCCGACUUUGUACCCCUAGCACCUUAAUCGGUUACAGGGGUCCAGUUUCCUUCCCCAUUCGCGAGCGGGCUGGUCACUCUCGGGUCGGCGCUUUGAGCGAACUCUCCCUUCCCCCCUGGUGAGCCCUCCGCAAUCACAAUACGUAUCCGUACUCCGUACAUACAAUCCGUAUAUAUCCCCCGAAGCACCGUCUGCCUACUAGAGAGUAGCGUUUGCUCAUGUUUUGCGUUUCCCUUAAGUCUCUCAAUCGUUAGUCAACUACAACACCUCAACACCCCUCAAACCGUUUACGAUCCCACGACGCAGCGGACAGCGCGACGACUUGGGGCGACAGAUGGCCGUGCUGCUUGCAGGUGCCUCCUCGAUACUUGCCAGGUCGCUCGAUGGAGCCUGUUGUGUUUGACCAGUCGCCGCUCGCAGAGUACCUUCGUGACGAAGGCGAAGAGGAGCAGGCAGGAUGGGCGCACGACGAUCCAACCUACGAUGUGUCGCCUCCUUCGAGCCCUGAAUUCGCGCCGACAGGUCGGCCGAUGGUGAGGUCGAGAUUCCGCAAUAAUCCCCUCAGAGUCGACAUACCUACCAAAGCGGCCUCCGACAAAUCUUACAGACUCAGUUAUUCGACCGCGGUAGCAUCCAGGAUUGACCGAGCCGACAACUCCAAAUUCCUCGAGCAAUUUCGCUAUACUAUUAUCGCAUCCCAGCUAUUGAGUGGGCACUCCAUAUUAUCCCAGAACCAUGCAUCAUCCCGGUCCGCCAAUGUGGCCAUUGACGGACACCCGGCCGACAAGUUGCUGGAUUCAACGAGCGCGGUCGUCGUCGUCGUUCUAGGAGCACUUGCUCUCGUCGUCUCGAUCAACUGGCUUGCAGGAACAGGACCAUUGAACAAACGGCGCACUUUCGUCAUUCUAUUGGUUUUUGUGAUCGCUGCAGGGAUCGCCCAUGUGUUUAUGCGUAGACAAUGGCUGAGGUACAGACGGCUCCAAGCACUGUCAGAGGUCACUGCGUUUGUUUCAAACUCUCAAGAAUUCGACAGCGCGACUGGCGCAGCGAUUGCUCUGGUACAGGAGGUGGAACUUGUUUCCAGAGGUUACCGUCUGAGUGCGCCUCUUCCGCCCAUCAGUCGCAUAGAGGAUCGCUCACAGACUCGCAAGUGCGUGCGCCUCCGCAGAGCUUUGAGGGCGUGCUUCGCGGAUGUCAUUCCCGCAUACGAUCAGACCGUUGCGGUAGUGAAAGGGUUCUCAGAACAACUAGACCUCGAGAAGUACUACGAUAUUUACGAUAUUAGCGAUUUCGACAUGUCCGAUGCCCAGCAAGGCUUCAAGGAGGAUGAGUUUGAGGACACCGAGUCUUUGAGAACGCUCAAGAUCCUCGCCGCCCGGUUCCACACCAUCCGGAAGAUGUUCUUGUGUGCAUUGUUGGCCCUGGACGCGAGCGGUGAGAGUGACGACCUCUUGAAAUGGACUACCACAGUAGAAGCGGUGCGCACUCUCAAUACGGUCACCCAGAGGGCAUUCGACAACCUGAAAAGACUUCUGAGCGAUGAGGAGUCAUUUCCACCACCGCCAACUCCAAAGAUGCCAUUAACACCUGGUCGUGAGAGAUGGAGAUCGCAAUUGCGGAAACUGAACUCUUUGUCCAGCGGUAUCCGCGGCUUACAGGCUAAAUUGACGCUGUUAAGGGAGGAAUCUGACAGAAGCCUCAAUGAGUCUGACGAUAUUUCCGAGCUCGGAUCCAACCUCAUGUCACAGUAUGAGUCCAUAGGGGCUGACCUGAAGAUACUGAUGCAGGCCUGGGAGGAAGGCAAAGCGGCACUCGCUCUGGGUAUCGACCGGAACGAAAAGCGACUUUCUUCCAUGAGCACACUGUUGUCUCCGACCAGCUCUCUCAGUGGGCUCACAACAGUUGAUGAAGGAGGCGGAGCGGCCGAAGCCCUGAAAGCUUUGAAUGGAGAAUCCCCUUCAAGUCUAGACUUUAGCAGCACAGGGGAGCCCGACACGGAAGAGAUAUUUGAGGCAGUUGCUAAGCCGUUCCGGCCCCGCAGCUUAUUGACGAGAGACGAGCGCAUCGUCAAGAUGAGAGAAGACCGGGAGAAACGAGAGAUCGCCAAAGAAAAGGCGGAUGCCAACAGAGGCAUGCUCAAGGAACUCGAGAUGGUCAUCAACCUCCGACCCCGCCCACGAACUGGGACGAAUCCAUCACGCAUUGUCUCGAUGUGAUGAGGAUAUGACAUUUGAUGACGGAUAUGGCGUUCUGGUGCAGACGAUUCAGCUAAUCACAGUCAUUUGAAUCUUUGUUUUCCUUUUCUGUUUUUGGUUUCUGAUACAUAAUCUCUGCAAACACAUUCACACACGGGAUGCAUAUAGAAGGGGAUUUCAGAGAACCCGGAUGGGAGGUAUUGAUCUCUUCUAGUUGACCCAUCUGUAUUGUAUAAUGACACUCAUGCCCAGCAUGAUAUCUGGUGCAGGCUCAGAG